CUCUAAGCAACAAAAGUUGUUUCCUUUUGAUCUCCUACGUCACCAUUGAUGUAUGCUUAAAGCCUUAUCGUUUGCUGGUUGCUUUGAGCAUUAUGAUAAAAAGAGGAGUCUUUGAAUGGUUUGGUGCUUCCAUGGACAUUCACGAGCAUGGAGUUCGGGUGGGCAAGGAGAAGAGGCGGAUUCAAUGCAAACACUGCGGAAAACAAAUGUCUGGCUGGUAUCGUCUGAAACAUCACUUGAGUGGUGUAGGUGGAGAUGCAACUCCCUGCCUACAAGUUACAUCUUCUGUUAGAGAGGCGUUUCGUACUACUACUACUACUACUGGUUCUAAGCGUGGGAGAAGCGGAGAUUCUAAAGCUAACGAACAGGUUUGGUGCUCGUAUCCAAACUGUUUUGAUUUUUCAUCCAAUGGAUUCAGAGAAAUGAUGAUGACUGUGAGUGGUCGUACCAUCCCUGAUCCUCACGGUUCGAUGUUUCGAGAAGUGUUGAAAGAAGUGGAAGAUCAUGUGGAGAAGGUUAAAGACUCGUGGGCUGUCACGGGUUGUAGUAUCUUGCUGGAUGCUUGGGUUGAUCACAAAGGCCAUGAUCUGGUUACUUUCGUCGCGGAUUCUCCAGCUGGUUCAGUUUAUCUGAAGUCCUUUGACGUUUCUGAUAUUAAACAUGACAGUAAGGCGUUAAUCUCCCUAGUAGAUGGGCUUGUUGAUGAGGUUGGAGUCCAUAACGUGAUUCAGAUCGUUGCGUGUUCAGCUUCUGGUUGGGUUGGUGAGUUAGGAGAGUCUUAUGUGGGCAACAAGAAGGGAGUAUUCUGGUCUGUGAGUGUGUCUCACUGCUUCGAGCUUAUGCUGAUGAAGAUUGGAGAAAUAGAUUCACUUGGAGAGUUAGUUGAAGCAGUUAAUAUGAUCACAGAUUACGUCAACAGCAACCCUUUGGCUUUGAAGCUUGUCAGAGAUCAAGAUCACAGUCAUGGACUACUAGACAUGGCUGUACUCUCCUCCGAGUUUGAGUUUUUCAUGCCGUACUUAACCGUAGAGAGUAUUUUCAGAGCCAAGGACGAGUUGGCAGCCAUGUUUGCUUCUUCAUCUGAUUGGAACAAAGAAGAAGAAGACAUAGCGAUAUCCAACUUGGUUAAUGAUUCGAGUUUAUGGGAAACUGUUGAGAGAGUUCUGAAAUGCUCGUCUCCUCUGAUUCACGGUUUAAUCUGGCUCUCUAGUGCUAACAACAAUCAGCAUGUUGGACAUGUCUAUGACAAUAUGGAUGUCAUAAAGGAGAGUAUAGCGAGGGAGUUUGAUAACGAUGAACUAUGUUACAUGCCGUUAUGGGAUGUGAUUGAUGAUGUCUGGAACAAGCUUCACAGUCCUCUUCAUGCUGCUGGAUACUUCCUGAACCCGGAUGCUUUCUACUCGACUGGUUUCCAUCUUGAUGCAGAAGUAGCCAUCGGUCUUAUCUCUUCUCUUGUUCAUAUUGUAAAAGAACUUGACGUUCAAGUUAAAGUUGCCACUCAGCUUGAUGUGUACAAAGUCCGUGAAGGCUGCUUUAAUGAGACCAGUCAAGCUGAUCAGGUUUAUGGAUUGUCUCCAGCUGAGUGGUGGGCUGAGAAGGCGAGCCAGCACCCGGAACUGCAGAGUUUCGCUAUUAAGAUUCUGAGCCAGACAUGUGAAGGCGCUUCCAGGUACAUGCUGAAGAGAAAUGUGGCAGAGAAGCUGUUGCUUACGAGGGGAAUGAGUCGUUGUGAGAAACAGCAUCUGGAAGAGUUGGCGUUUGUUCAUUACAAUCUUCAUCUACAGAGCUGCAGAGCCAAACUAAGUGAAGAGCAGUGAAGAGAUUGUGCUGCAAGAGAGAUAGCCACUAUAAUGAAAACAUAUGUAAAGACUGAAACUUUGGAAACGGGAAGGAAAAGAAGGAGCGUACCGUAAGUUUCUGGAUGCUACUGACUUCGCCUUGGUUGGAGGCGAUAUCAACGGUGACGGUUCAUUUCGCCGCCACCUUCGGUAACUCAAUAACAUUCAAGAGUUUAAAAUUAUUGGCAAUGGGUUUUGCAGAGUAUGAAGAAGCAGAGGGACGAGGAUGAUGAGCAACAACACUGAAGAGA